UUCUCUCCUGCGGACGUGUCAUGGCUCGCACGAAGCAGACGGCGCGCAAGUCGACCGGCGGCAAGGCCCCGCGCAAGCAGCUGGCCACCAAGGCGGCCCGCAAGAGCGCGCCGGCCACGGGCGGCGUGAAGAAGCCGCACCGCUACCGGCCCGGCACGGUGGCCCUGCGCGAGAUCCGGCGCUACCAGAAGUCCACCGAGCUGCUGAUCCGCAAGCUGCCGUUCCAGCGGCUGGUGCGCGAGAUCGCGCAGGACUUCAAGACCGACCUGCGCUUCCAGAGCUCGGCCGUCAUGGCGCUGCAGGAGGCGUGCGAGGCCUACCUGGUGGGGCUCUUCGAGGACACCAACCUCUGCGCCAUCCACGCCAAGCGCGUCACCAUCAUGCCCAAGGACAUCCAGCUGGCGCGCCGCAUCCGCGGCGAGAGGGCGUAAUCCAAGCCUGCUGUCUCUGGACUUUGGAAAAAAGGCUCUUUUCAGAGCCACC